AUGAUCGACGGGGGCCGUGGAGGUUCGCUGACGAGGGCGCGCCGGCGGUUGCGCCGCAGGAGCACGGACUACGACAGGGACUUCUCCAAGCUCCUGGAUUCGAGCAUCCUGCAGCAGCUGGAAGAUCUGCCGAGGGCCACGUCCGCCCCGCCGCACCUGCAAGAUCGCCUGCAGACGGCGUCUGUGGACCCCGGCAGGGCCUCCAGGCUGACCCCCGCGGACGCCUUCACGGACAUCCGCUACGACGAGGACUACGCGGCGUUCUACCAGCUGCACGCCGGCGACCGCAAGCUGCCGCCGCCCGUGGACGGCAGCACGCUGUACACCGACCUGCAGAGCUACAUGCAGGCGCAGCAGGCGGCCAGCAAGGACGUGUCGUCCCUGCUGCAGGCGACCGCCGCAGGAUCGCGCCUCUCCGCGCUGGCGGGGACGUCCGGGCUGGGCGGGCAGUCGGGGCUGCUCGCGGGGGGCGUUGGCGUUGGAGGUCUGGAGACGGUGCAGGAGCAGAGGCCCAGCUCGGGCGCCGUCGUGCCGAACGACGUCAUUCAGGCCCUCAGCCAGCUGACUCUGGCAGCCGGCUCACCAGCUCCGCAACGGCCUCUGUCUGCACAAGCCAUCAAUGGGCCUUUGACAGCAGCUUCCCCUGCUCCGCAGAGCACACCAGGCCUCUUUGAUGCUUCUGCUCUUGGGGCCGCAACUGUGCGCAGUGCAUCAGCCUUUGCGGCCGUGAGCCUUGCUGCAACCCCGCCUCCCUUCACACACACUCCCAGCCCUCCCCCUGCCAUGAACCCUGGCGUGUCCACGUCCAUGGCACCGGGGCUUGUGGGGCCUAGUGCCAAGCUCAGACAGCCUGGGGGAGGACUACCAGCAGGGCCAGGUUUGCCAACAGGGGCAGGCUUGCCUACGGGGGCGGGGUUGCCUGUGGGGCCCAUGCCAGGGGGUGCCAAUCCUCUCACAAGCUCGCUGGAGUACCAGGCAGCAUACCAGGCUGCCUAUCAAGCCGCUUUGAUGCAGUCACAGUCCAAUUCGCUGCUGCUUGCACAGCAACAGCAGCAACAACAGCAACAACAGCAGCAGCAGCAGCAACAACAACAACAGCUUCAGCAGAGCAGACAACAGAUGCCUGGUUUGGCUGGAGGCUUGCCACUGGGAGGGCGAUAUGUGGGGCAGCCUGCUGAUGCGAAUAUUGGCAUGGGGAAUGGCAUGCAAAUGAUGAAUCCUGCGCAAAUGGCUGGGAUGCCCGGCUACGGCUAUGGUGGCAAUCCUGCAGCAGUGUCAGCAGCAGCAGCCGCAGCUGCAGCUGCAGCAGCUGCAGCGGCUGCCAAUGGUGAGUUCCCAUCUAUCAGCACUACAGUUCCAAAGUGCGAAUUUGGUGCAGAUAAUUUCUGA